AAGUCAGUUUUGUUUAGAGCAUGUCCAGCCAUUCCUCCUGGAAUCCAAAUCAAUCCAAUGGUAGAGCUGGUAGGGUUCAAAAUCGCGUCGGAGCAAGCGUCGCAGGCUGUGGUGGAGUUUUCACGAUUAUUUGUGGAUCGUGCGAAGGACAUGAGCGCCUCUUCAGGACGGCAAUGCUGGGCGAAAGGUUGUCGAACUCGAGCGGGCAACAGCCGUGGCCUGCAGCUCUUCAGGUUUCCUUCCGACCGCACGCUGCUGAAGCAAUGGUGCCUGAACAGUGGACGCAGUGAGCUGUUGUCUCAAGACCGUGCCUCCCUCCACCAGGGUGGGGCAGCCUUGUGCGAGAGGCACUUCAAGAAAUCUCAGUUCAUGCCCCUGGAGCCCAAGCAGCUGCUCUGGAAUGCAGUCCCUACAGUGUUCCCCUUGCCAAUGACUGUCUCAAAACAACAAGCAAAACAGUCCGAAGAGCCAACCCGGGGUGAUCCGACCCGGGGCGAGCCGCCAUCGGUGAACGACUACGAGAUGGCGGCCCUCCCGACGUUCGGGCGCGAGCGCCUGGUGGGCAUUGCCAGGAAGCAGUGGCACGAGAUCAAGCGGCUGCGCACGCACGUGCGCAGCCUCGAGAAGAGUUUGGCGAGCGGACUCGCAGCAGACGAGACCUACCUGCUGGACGUGCUCUCCCGCAACCUGGAGGGCACCCUCCUGGACCGGGUGGUGGACAUCAUCGUCGGGGACCUGGACUGCGACGACUCGGAGCAGCAGGACGCCUGACGAGCUUCUGUCCCCAUAGCGGCCAGAAGGCAGUGCUGCCUCUCCGGCACGUAAACUAACGCCUCUAAGGCAUUUUAGACAGUCUGCAAAAAUCGGUUUCUCGAGAUAUCGCGUUGCAGUUCACUACAGACAUGCAAGCAGGUGGCGCAAGUUUACGGCAAAAAAAAAAGAAUUGAAAAAUGAACUUUCCUCGCUUGAAGGGAAGAAAGCAGAAACUCGUCUCGGGCAGUCUACGCUGCCACUCUACACACUGUCUACGCACGUGCGGCAGAAGUGCCGCCGACAGAUGGCACACGCCGCGUCGAAAGAGCUUCAGUCAAUUCGGGUCGCGACAGCAGACGAUCCCGCGAAAGACCCUAAAUCGGCCAUCGCUCCUUCAGAGUGGCGUACGCCGUGCGCGCGCAUUGUCUGCGAGGUGGCGGCAUAGAUUGUCCGGAAUGGCUUUCUGUUUUCGUUUCUUCCAUGCAAGGUAAGUUCGUUCCUCGACUUUUUUCACCGCAAACUUCCGCCAUGCGCUCGCACCUCCGUGGUAAGAUGCAGCGUGACACGUCGAGAAACCGAUUGUUGCGGACCUUCUAAAGCGCCUCAAAAGAGUCGGUUCGCACGCCGUGUGGUCGCCGACGAGGAAAGAACGCCAGGGAGGUUUUCCAGCCUCCGGCACGAGCUUCACGCCUUUGAGGACACUUCGGCUUUCCGCGGCAGAAGGCACGGUCAAAAUACUGCGGUCAAAAUACUGCGGAAGGCACGGAUCCCGUGCCGGACCGGACGCGGGGUGUUCGAGGGGCACGCCAUGUCCUUCUCACUCUGUCGGUGACCUUGGGGUCGUCGAACUAAGGAACCAGACUGACCUCCAGGGUGUACGACAAACUAUGUCGGCAUCAUCAUCAUCGUUGUGCGCGUAGUAAAAGGCGUAUUGGUAGUCAUUCUUUACAAUUCUGUGUGUAGUAAAAGGUAUAAAAUCAUUAUUUUUGGCAAAGAAGUGCAAUUUAUAUAAAUUUUAUAUCAUUUCGUUUGUUUCAUUUUCACGGGUUCUCUUUUGAAGGCGUCACACAAGGAAGAGGCAAUGUGAUAAAUAAUUCAAUUCAAGGACACAAAAAAAUGGAAUGCAUCCUCGCGACGAAACUUUGGAAACACCGCAAAACAUUGCUAGCCUAAUGAUAUGUGGCAAAUGACGAGAGAAGUCAAUGUUUAAACU